UAUACAUUGAUCUCACUCUCGAAGUGCAAACAUCCUCAGACUAGAGAUACAGCGAAAUGGGCGAAAACGAGUCUGUAAGUAGUGCUGCCGGGGAAGAAACUACUAAUCUAAUUGAAAACGAGAGAGAAGAACGGAGAGCAGAGAGGCUCUCGUUUAGAGACUAUCCUGUAGGGAAAAGACGAAGGUCGCUUUUGAUCAACUGCAUGGUUGCUGUGUUUUUGGUUGGUCUUGCUGUUGCCAUCAUACUGACUAUCUUGCUUACUCGGAAAGAUGAAGGGAAAGUUACUCAUCAGAAAUACUCAUUUGAGGACAUGUUCAAUACAACGAUGAAGUCCAAGUCAUUUUAUAUGUCUUGGGUAUCUGUAGAGAAUGAGGAUUAUUACGUUCAUUGGAAUAAGACCGAGAAUACGAGUGAAAGUUUUGGUGACGUUGUGAUGGUCAAUCCGAACACAGGGAACAUUAACGUGUUCAUACCUGGUUCAGUGAUGCAACAAGUCAAUGCGACGUCAUACUUACUAUCUGCAGACAUGCAGUAUGCACUUCUCAUCUCAGACGUUAACAUGAUUUAUCGACAUUCAUUUAAAGCAACGUAUCAUCUUUAUCACAAUUCAACCAGUGAAGUUACUGAGUUUAAUCCACUUGGAACGGAAACAGGAAGUUUACAGUAUGUUGUGUGGAGCCCUUGGAUUCAUGCAUUGGCAUUUGUGCAUAAUUAUGAUGUUUACUUUAUGACUCAACCAACAAGCACUGAUACGAUAACGCGACUGACAUUUGAUGGCAGUGCUGUGAUUGAUGGGAUACCCAAUUGGGUGUAUGAGGAGGAAGUGUUGUCUACCAAUGGUGCUCUUUGGUGGUCAUUUGAUGAUGGCUACCUCUGCUUCUUGUCUUCCAACGAGUCAAACAUGAGGCAAUACAGUUUUCCACAUUAUGGAGAUUAUGGCGACAUCUACACUGAUAUUUACUCUAUAGCUUAUCCUAAAGCUGGUGAAGUCAACCCAGCUGUUAAUGUGACUGUAUGGAAUACGGCCGACACUGAACUCAAUUUUCACAUUCCAGCUCCUUUGAAUGUCACAAAUGAUCAUUUGGUGAUGAGUGUUACGUGGGCGGGGAAGUCAGAAGUCAUGGCAGUCGUUUGGAUGAAUCGAGUGCAAACUGUGGCUUCUAUCAGUUUGUGCAAUGCAUUGCCAGAUUUUGGAGAUUGUCGAAUAUUUUACGAGUUCUCUGCAUCUGCAUGGCUUGACAACGUUCGUCCUGUAUUCUCUCAUUCUGGUAGCUAUUUUGCACUGCUUAUGUCGUCUUCGUUUGACUCACUGGCCGAUGACGGUUUCACUCAUAUUGCUUUGUUUGCCACUGAAGAUGGGUUUGGAUCUCCGGUCUUUCUUACUUCUGGUUCAUUUGUUGUGACGUCGGUUCUGAAGUUUUCAUCUGAUGAAACGAUUUUAUAUUACAUAAGUACAGAGAACGAAGAAGGUGUUAGUGUGGCUAGACAGCGGCACGUUUGGAGCGUCGAAACUACUGGACAACACACAAGAAAAUGUCUAAGCUGUUCGACUCUGUGCAAGUAUGCAAGUGCUCAGUUUAGUGUCAGUGCAGAAUGGUAUAUGUUGUCAUGUUCAGGCCCAGAUGUACCAACAUACACACUGCACAACGUCAACACAGGAAAUGUGACUGUGUUGGAGGAUAACAGUCUGCUGAAGAAGGCAGUGGACAAUACUCAAUUACCUGAGAUCAAGUUCUUUCAUAUCGAAUCGGAUGUUGUAGCAGAAGGGUUUGAAGCUGUUCGUUUGUUGCCUCCAAACUUUUCAAGCAGCAAGAAAUACCCCGUCCUGUUUGAAGUAUAUGGUGGACCAGGCAGUCAAAAAGUGUCUGAAGUCUUUUAUCUUGGCUGGAGAACGUACUUGGCCAGCAGCUUGGAUGUUGUUGUAGUCAUGGUGGAUGGUCGAGGAACAGGAUAUCGAGGCGAUAGUUUCAUGCACGCUGUUUACCGACAGCUGGGACGACUUGAAUCAGAAGAUAUUGUUGAGGCUGCAAAACAGUUGAAGUCAACAGCAAGCUACAUGGAUCCUAACAAAUUUGCAAUAUGGGGAUGGUCGUAUGGUGGUUACUUGACGUCUAUGGUGGCUGGAAGUGGCAGUAAGGAGUUUCAAGCAGCAAUAGCAGUUGCUCCAGUCACAUCAUGGAGAUACUAUGACUCAGUUUACACUGAACGUUAUAAUGGCAUGCCAACACCUGAUGACAACUUGCACAACUACGAAGAGUUUGAUGUGAUACGAAGAGCUACCAAUUUUUCUGAUGUGCAUUACCUAUUGGUACAUGGCACUGGAGAUGACAAUGUUCACUUUCAAAACACGGCGCAGCUGGUACGGGCAUUGACAGACGCGGGAAUGGACUACCGAGUUCAGUUCUACACGGACAAGCAGCAUUCCCUACAAGGCGAGACGACGCACAGACAUCUUUACCGCUUGUUGACUGAGUUUCUUAGAGACAAACUAGAGUUGUAGCCCGCAUGCGGAGCUUGUAUUUUUUGUUAUUGAGUUUAGUGAAAGUUUAGCGAUUAUUUCGUCACUGUUAUGUAGUGAGUAAGUGCAUAGAUACACAGUACUGCAGUCUG